AUGGCUGGAGCUCUGGCAGUGCCGUUGGGGCGGCCCUCCACGCCGUCGCGGCAGGCAUGGACGGCAGUGGCACCCGACGGGCCAGAGGCUCCAAGGAAGAGGAGCACCUUGAUUUCGGUGGCACAGCAGCUGGAGCACCUGGAGCAACUGGAGCAGCUGGAGAGUGAAGAAGGUGGUAAGGGUCUACGAGGUGCGUGGACCAGGGGGCAAGUGGUGCUUUUGGUGUAUACGUUGGUGCGCGUCGUGGCGAAUGUGUGCGUCGCUUCUGCUCCAUUCUUAACGGAUCAAUACUAUGAUGACACUUACAACCCUCAGCAUGGCUGGCAAAGAAUCCAGGUGAAAACCCCAAGUGUCUUCGAGGGCCUAGAUCUGUAUGCCGACGCAGUUGCGAGGCCCGUGAUCACCGGCCUGGGGGUCUACUGCUUUUUGCAGAAGAACACCCGCUUUUCUGCGAAGUUGAGACUCCAUGUUUGGAGCAGGAGGAUCAUCUACUUGCUGGCCGUCUGCAUAACCGACCAAAGCAUCGCAUUCGGCAUGGAGAGACUUGACGACAUCCAGACUCCUACGCCUCAUGAGACCAUUCCUUCUGCUCUCGCGCUGGUGUCGUCUACUAGUUGGGUGUUUGUGUCCAAUGCGUUGCAGGUGUACAUCACGAACCUGAAGCUGCAGGUGUUAGGUUGGCGUUCGCAGGCCAGGAUUUGCCAAGCGCUCCUCCUGUUGUCCAUUUGUACCGGGACAUAUGAAAUCCUCGAUUACUUCGAGUACUUUGACAGCCCUUGGCCGAACUUACUUUCCUGCGUGAUUAAUGUUCUUGGAAUUUUGCUUGUGCAGUGCACUGCCCUGUGCUGGGCAGCCACAUGGGCAUUACUCCACGGGGGAGGUGAUGAAAGCAUUAGAUGCUCAGCCUUGUGCUUAUACGUGAACGGAGUCCUGGCAGUCGUGGGGCCUUUCUUGAGCUAUUUCUCUGUGGUGACCAUGUGGACAAAUUUUCUGUCUCGGCAUAUCAAACUCUUUGGUCUAAUUUACCUUCCCCUGCUUCCCAUGCUUGUGGUGACCCUCGACGUCGGCACCCAAGUGCUUGGUACUCUUCUCCUCACUGGGAUGAUUGGACCAAAGGGUUGGGAACGGCCGAUGCAAGCCUUUCGAAAGCUCGCACACCUCUCUGGUUUCGGCCUCGCGUCAAGACGCAUCGCUUUUCCGGGAAAGAUCAAUGCACACGCAACAGAGUGCAUUGUAUCUUUCCCUGGCAAGUACAGCGCUGAGUGGGACCAAGCUGUCUCAAGCGUCCAAGAGGAGCAGACUUGUUCGUUGGCCUGUGUUUUCUUGACAGACCGGGCUUCUGGUUUGGGCCGCCACAGUGAUAACCCCGACACACCUGGGCAGUGUUGGUGCCGGAUGAUUUACGGAUCUUUGCCGGCACAGACGUAUCUCAGCGUGGUUGACAUGAAAGACGACACUGAUGGACCUAUGACCCCAGAGAAGUUGGCCUUCAAGAAAGUGGAUGCAGAUGCCAUGGGUCAGGUGUUGGUGAUCAAAGAUGAUCAGCUGGAAUUGGAAUGGGAGGCUGAGCUAGCACACGCGAUGGACGAUGCAGAGACCAGAUGCAACAAGAAUGAAGGCAGAGCCCCCUGGGGAUGUCAUUGGUUUGAGGAGUGGAGAGUGAAUGUCGAUGCAGCUGCUAAGGAGGGGCAGACGCUUCACGUUUUUUACUUUGAAGGUAAAGUGGCCUGUGGCAAGCUGCCCUGGGAGAAGUUGUGCGAUGCGGAGGCCAAAGGAGAAGCGCGGAAGAACACCGGCCUCGGUGCCUCACAGACGGCUGAGGUGGCCUACUUGGAGAAAUUGGGUUUGACGUAUGUGGAACACGACAUCAGAGAGUUCGAAGAUUUUUUGCUGAAGCCGCUUGGUUGCAAGGGCGAUCGGGUGCUGGAGAAGGCGCGCAACUGGCCUGCUCUUGCGGCUUCCUUUCGUCUUCGUUUGAAACCAUGA